UGCAGAGCUGCCAAAGCAAGCUCACACCAGGGAGAGACACAUAUCCACUUACAGGGCUGAGGAAAACAAUAAUGAAUGGGAUCUGAAACACAGCAAAGGAAACCAAGAGAAGGAGCUCACUGGACUUCAGACAAAUAUUUUGGUUGUGUGUUUUUUUUUUCUUGUUUAUCUUUAAUGCAGUAAUUUUAAACUGGUUUAAAAGUUUUAAGGGUUUACUACUCCAGCACAUUACCAGUCACCAUGGAUGAAUUUCCAGCUAAAGUCAGCACCGAAACCAGCUCACAGCCAACCCAGUCCAAUUCCGGCUUCCGUGGGUUCUCAGUGGGACCUGUCAAAAUGGAUGUGUUGUUUAUUAGGACUAUUCCUGGGAUUCUGAUGAUCGUGGAAAUCGUUCUGGGUUUACUGGUGUGGGCUCUGAUUGCUGGUACCACAUACGUGAACCAUGCAUUUGGAUGGGUGAUGUUUGUUAGUGUCACACUCUGGGUAAUAACAACCAGCCUGUUUGUGGUCUACCUCCUGAGUGUGCCUGCAAAAAUACAAUUUGUUCCUUGGCCUAUUGCGAUGUUGAUCUUUAAUGUUAUUGCUACUGUACUGUACAUCACUGCCUUCAUAACCAACGCAGCAUCAGUUCCUACAAACUGGGCUCCAUAUUACAACAACCUGGCGGCGUCAGCUUUCUUUGCAUGUCUGGUUAUGAUCGCCUACUGUGCAAGCUCCUUCUUCAGCUUCACUGCGUUCCGAGGACAGGGCAGCAACGCAGCAACAAACCAAGCGACCGGAAGCCUCCCAGCAUAGCCAAAUACAGCACACUACACAAGCAGCAGGGAGCACUAACGCAUGUGUACAUACUUACUAAUUUGUCAAUGUUUUUUGAGGUUAAACCAAGCCGUGUUAUCGGCUUUUCGUUUGCAGAAUGUUAAAGGUGGCUGUCAUUUAUUUUAAAAACAUGAUAUUUAAUCUGCAGUGCAUUAGAAAUGAAUCAAUGAGUGAGCACUGUGAUUGUCACACUUUUGGUGUGCCUUCUUUUGGGCUGGUGGGAGGGAUGAUGCCCUUCUGUCAUUUCUGCAGCUUCGCCUCUUGACUAUCGAGUCAGUUGCUUUGAUGGGUUCAUCCGUUUGCCAUUUUUCACCAUUGUGUGAGGUCCUGGCUUGGCCCGUGCAGUGGAUUAUCCUGUUCCAGUAAACAUGGCAACCUUUACGUGCCCUGUGCUUUAAUUAUGCUCUCUCUAUCUCUCCAUCCUCAUGAUUAUGGGAGAGAGAUAACACAAACUCACUAACUGCUACCAACUUACACUUUGGUUCCACUUUAUGUAAAAGUAACCCAAUCCUUGGAACCAACAGAACCAGUAAUGUAUUGUGAAAGGUCAACACACACAUGCAGUACACGUAUAAGCUCUGAUAAUUUCAUGAACGCUUUUCUAGGUAGUUUUUUUGUAGCGCACUACUCACAUUUACAGAUAUUGAUAUAGAUAGCUAGGUAGAUAGAUAGGGCUUCUGAUUUUCGGUUUUAAUCGAUAAAACACCCCCGAUACAAAGAAAAUGAAAUCGGUGGAUAGCCAAUAAAUACCAGAAAAACACCGGAAAAACUGUGGAAAUGGAGAAUUAAUUCACGUUGACUUUACCCUUUUCUCAAUAAAAAAUAAAACCUA